GGGUCAAGUUGAUAGUAGCAGCGUUACACAUGCCUUACCAAACCACACAUUCCAGUGUUCCCGGACAACCUGAACGGGUGCAAUGGACUAAACACUGUAAGAGUUUACCGCACCGUGUUGCAACAGCGUAACAGAGUGCAAGACUCAGAUCAGCUGAAUGUCAUUGAUCCUCUGCACAGCGCAACACCAAAACCAGGAUGAUGCUGAAGAGACUUGUCUUGUUACUGGUCUGCGAGGUUUCUUUGUAUAACCUCGGGACUUCUACCACAGAGACUUGUCAGCACCCGCCUGCAAUACCGAAUGGAUACACGGUUGUUAGACAGUAUGACUGCAAGGAGAAGUUUGAGUAUAAGUGCCAUGGCAAUUACAUCUUGGACGGUGCAGUGGAAGCGCAAUGCGAGCAAACAGAGAACCAGAAGCCAGUUUGCAGAGCAUCCUGCGUCAUCAGUGUACGAAGAGGCCGCAUCUUAUACAACAAUCAAAAGACCUGGCUGCACGACCUGCCAGAGAGGAGAGUCCAGCACGCUGACAGGGUGGCGUUCUAUUGCAAAGAUAAGGACAGGGGGUGUGGCUACCCGGUUUAUACCCAGUGUUUGGAUGGCAAUCUCACAAUUCCAUCGUGUUACAAAGAACCUAGCAGUUUCACAUAUAACCUUAAUCAUAAGAACCUGCCAUCGGAAAUACAACAGUGCUGAAGCAACGCAAUCUGAUAACUUUAAAUAAUCUUCUUUUACCUGCUGUUUACCUGCAUUUCUAUUGAUGCCCAGAUCAUGGCAGAUUCCUUCAAAUAAAAUAUAUUGUAAUCUU